GCCACCCGAUCACACGGGCAGGCGUUGCGACACAACUUACAACCCAACGACCGCGCGUGCGAUAUUCCGGAAAGCAGCGGAAGGUGCGUAGGCAACAUGCCGCGCGCCGGCGCCUUUCUUCUGGCGCUUGCGGUCGUCCUGCUAGCAGAAUGGGCUCAUGCCUCUUAUAUUGAUCCCGGAGACGAUGAUCUGGAAGUGAACUUGCCUGACUACGGGGAGGAUCCAGCCGAUUUGCAGUUGUUACAGGAUGUAGGGAAACGAUCGUCGCUGAUCUACGUUUUCAGGCGUGCCUGUGUGCGGCGCGGCGGCAACUGCGACCAUCGACCGGGCGACUGCUGCCACUCGUCCUCCUGCCGCUGUAACCUCUGGGGCUCUAACUGCCGCUGCCAGCGCAUGGGGCUCUUCCAGAAGUGGGGGUAGGAGACAACGACCGGAGCUCCUCUGAAGCGGCGACCAACUCCAGCCAGCCGACUUGACCGCCGCUCCACCGGAAGCCACAACAUUCGCCAACACAAAACGGACCCGUUGCGUUCUUAUUUUCCCGUUCUAUUCCUUCACAUAGUCCUUAAUUAUUUAAGCAGUUCAAUUUAGUUAAAUUCAAAUUAAAAAACAGGGACUUAGAUUUUAGUUUUGAAAUAUUUUUGGAACACUUAUAAAUAUACAAAAAUUUUGAAAAUGAAAUUCGGUUUAAUUGUUGUUUUCGUUUUGUUAAUUCGCUUGCUCUGGUUGAUCGAGUGUCCGCUUACGUGGUUGGGCAAUCACCCAGCCUUAUUGCCCAAUCAGUACGCCCUGACGCUUGUACUCGGUCAAACAGACCCCGGCAACUGCCCCCGGCGAGGAGUCUUAUUAUUUUCUUUACUCCUGUUUCCGUUUUCCUUGAAGAUUCGUAAGCUCGGAGGCAGUUCCACUAUUCUAUCAUAUGUAUGUAUGUAGAGUUAAGUAAGCUAACAGUAGUUGAGUAAAUCAGUAGAAGCUAAAUAUUGGUGGUAAACUUAUGUCAAUAGGAAGUAGAUGACAUUACAAAAUAGAAAAAAAAAAA